GGUCAGCAGGGCAGUGCGUCUGCGCUCGCCUACCGCAUGGCCAAUGCCUCGGAGCUGCUCCACUUCAUGAAACAAGACCGCGAUAUCAGCCUGUAUUCCGUCACCGCGCAGGACAAGCUGGCGGACGUCGUGCACUCGGCGUUCAAGUACUUGACACGCUGCCUCCAGAGGGAGCUGGAGGCCACGCUGCCGACGUUUCUCGACGACACCGACCAGGACGACGACGGUAGCGCCAUCAAUCCGGUGCUGAGCACGCUGGCGUCGGCGAUGGCGUUGCUACGGCGAUGCCGCGUCAACGCCGCGCUCACCAUACAGCUGUUCUCACAGCUGUUCCACUUCAUCAACAUGUGGCUGUUUAACAAG